AGCAAGAGAAAGAUGCUGAAAGUGAGGGAGCCGAGAAUCCACCCCCAAAAGUUGUAAACCAGCGAGGAAGUAUAUUCGCACCUAUUUUCACAUUUAUACCAGUUUUUCCUCGACGGCACCACCAUGUUCCCGCUCCCGUUCGCUUCUUACCUCACGGCGGAGGUCGUCAUCAUUUUUCUCGUCGUGGAGGAAGAAG